AUGGCUGAAUACGAUGUUGACCCCGACUCUUGCAAUGGGGGCUAUUCCUUUGUGAGAGCCACCUCUCAUUAUGUUUCAGAAAUUCACACCAUUGUCAAAGCAGCAUAUUCCAAGUACAUCGACCGCAUCGGCAAGGAGCCAGCCCCCAUGAAAGCCGACUACAACCAACUCAUCGAAUCCCACAUGGUUUACGUACUCGAGAACGACCAGAGCGGCCAAGUGGUCGGAGCCAUUCUUCUUCGGCAUGAUCCGGCGGCAGACGCACUCCACAUAGACAAUAUGGUCGUUGCCCCAGCCGCCCAGGGACGUGGCUUUGGACAUGCUUUCAUGGAAUGUGCCGAGGACGUCGCGAGGGCUUGUGAAUGCACGAAUCUGCAACUCUACACCAACGUCAAAAUGGUUGAGAACCUCGUUAUUUACCCCAAACUGGGCUUCGUCGAGACGGAAAGGAGGACAGAAGACGGGUACGAGAGGGUUUAUUUCCGCAGGGAUCUGGAGGCAGGCAAAUGA